AGCCAGCUGAAGACUAACAAAACCCGAUCAACAUGAAGUACAUGAUUGUCCUCGUCGCCGCCCUGGCCAUCGCCUCAGCCAACCCCGACCGUGAGCGUCGUUCCCUGGGCUGGGGACACAAUGGAGCGGUAGUCCUUGGUGGGGUGCUGCCUGGAGUGGCUGUCGCGGGACCAUUAGCACCCGCGGCUGCGGUUAUAGGACCCGUCGCUGCGCCAGCGGCCGUAGUCGGGCCUGCUGCUGGCCCCACCGCUGUGGUCGGUCCAGCUGUUGGUUCUGCCGCGGUAGUCGGGCCCGCUGCUGGUGCUGCUGCGGUCGUGGGACCGGCUGCAGGUCCCACGGUCGUCGCUGGUCCCUCAGGGGCAGUAGUCGCACCAGGAGCCGCAGCCCUGGGCCUGUGGUAGAACAUCGACAUCCAGGAUUCGGCCCCAAGAGCUUAAGGCGACUCGAACGAUCUCUCUCGUGAACCUGCAAGCGGCUCCUCAUCGACCUCCGUCCGCGGGACUUGGAUCAAAGCUCAGCGUUGUUCCGAGCGGAAGAUAAAUCGACGAUCUGAAUCAAUGGAUGCACAGAAGGCUGAAACGACGACGAGUAUUCAUUUUUCGUUUGCCACGAGCGGUCUGUUCGAUUCACGCGGACAACGCGUUCGAGUUUCUCCGAGGUUCUGUCGCGAAUUUUACCCUUGUAACUAGCCAUACCCUUGUUACGCUUUUGUACGUUAAUAAAUGAA